CACGUCUACCGUACCCGUGAUAUCCACAUGCCCCGGGCUGUUCAGAAUUUUGCCGGUAACGGUUUCGUAAUUCGCGGAGCAGAAGAACGGGGACGACGCCUUCCUUCUUCCUCUUUCCAGCUGCUACCACGCAGAGAAGGCACACGCUGGAGCCAUGACGGCCGUGCAGGGAGCGGGCAUCGCGGUUGGCCUGACCAAGGGCCACCAGGUCACCAAGCGUGAGCUGAAGAAGAGGCCCGCAUCCAGGAAGGGGAAGCUUGGAAAGCGCACUGCCUUCGUGCGGACCCUCAUCCGUGAGGUCGUCGGGUUUGCUCCCUAUGAGAAGCGCAUUCAGGAGCUGCUGAAGGUCGGGAGGGACAAGCGCGCCUUGAAGGUCGCAAAGAGGAAGCUGGGGACGCACCUGCGGGCCAAGAGAAAGCGAGAGGAGAUGACGAGCGUGCUGCGGAAGCAGAGGGCUGCUGCUUCUACACACCACAAGGAAGAGAAGAAGGAAGAGAAGAAGGAAAAGAAGUAAACUGUCUAUGGAAAAACGAUCGUCAGAUUUGGACUUUUCUCAAGCCCACCGACAAGGACUAGUUCUUUCAAGUCUGGGGUGCUCAUCCGUGGUUGACCAUCUCAUGUUGCGCAAAGUCUGGUCUGGCUUGUGUUGACUGUCACAUUGUUCAGGGUAGCCUGGGGCUUACCGGCCAAAAACAUGGUUGGGCUCCGUGAAGAAAGCUCCUGGCUGCAUAUGCAACCCCGCACCAUGCAGUACAUCGGACUGGGGCUCUUGCCUGCAAUGGCUGGGUCCAUUGAGAGCUAUUUGCUUGAGUUCAUCCGACUGCGACCCGACUGCUACCA